AUGGCUUCUAAAGAACCCCUGUCCCCCCGAUCCCCCGAAAUACCAUCCUACAGCCAAAUUGCCUGCAUUGGCACUGGACUGUCAGCAGUCGCUCUAGGCGCCACCUUGAAGCGAUGGUACGAUUUCGACGAUAUCCGUUUCUUUGAUCGACAUCCCGUUAGCGGGGGAACAUGGUACAUCAAUUCCUACCCUGGAUGCGGCUGCGACGUGCCCAGCGCUCUGUACAGUUACUCCUUCGAGUUGAACGCCAACUGGACCAAGAUGCUGCCUUCCAAUCAAGAGAUCAAGCAAUAUCAUGACUCUGUUCUGGACAAGUAUCACCUCCGUGAGAAGAUGACUCUCUCCACCGAAGUCACCCAAUGCGUGUGGAGAGACGAUGCGGCUCGAUGGCUUCUCUACUUACGGGACAUCAGGACGGGCCAUGAAUUCACCCACGAAUGCCAGAUCCUAUUCUCUGCCAGUGGCCAACUGGUAAAGCCUCGUCGCUGCGAGAUUCCUGGAUCAGAGGAGUUCCGUGGUGCUCUCUUCCACUCCGCCCGAUGGGACCAUAGUGUUAGCUUGGAUGGGAAGAAGGUGAUUGUCAUUGGGAACGGCUGCACAGCGGCUCAGAUUGUGCCCGCCAUCGCUGGCGACGUGGGGUCACUGACGCAAAUCGUUCGAUCUAAACACUGGGUCUCCCCAACGCAUAAUUUCGCAUAUCCACCCCUCCUGCAAUGGAUCUUCCGUUACAUCCCCUGCACUAUGAGGUUGCAUCGCCUGCACAUCUUUCUCGCAGCGGAAAGUGACUACUUUCUCUUCCCUAUGACCAAAGCAGCAGCCCGAUUGCGAGCGCAGCGCAGAACAAAACUGGAGAAGUACAUGCGGGACACUGCCCCGGCUAAGUAUCAUGACCUGCUAAUUCCAGACUUCGAUGUCGGCUGCAAGCGGCGCAUUAUCGACUGCGGUUAUCUUGAUUGUCUACACAACGACAAAAUCACGUUAACCAAUGCCCAAAUCGACAAGAUCAUCCCCGAAGGUAUCCAGACAAAGCAGGGAAAUAUAAUUGCUGCAGAUGUGAUUGUGCUUGCCACUGGCUUCGAGACCAACACCUUUGCCCCGUACAUGAACAUCGUCGGUCGCAACGAGGUGAGCCUGAGCGAACACUGGGCCCAGUAUGGCGGUCCGUCCGCAUACAAUUGCUCCGUCAUAAGCGGAUUUCCGAAUUUCUUUCUGUUGCUUGGACCGAAUGCGGCCACGGGCCAUACUUCAGCGUUGAUGGCUGCGGAGAACUCUAUCAAUUAUGCUCUUCGGAUCCUGAAACCCGUCUUGAGCGGCUCUGCCUCGGCUGUGGAAAUCAAGCAGGAAGCCGAAAGAGGUUAUGUGUACUGGGUGCAGGAGGCACUGCGAAGGCGGGUGUGGAACGCUGGUUGUGUCUCGUGGUACCUAAACGAAUCCAAGUGGAAUUCGAUGUCUUAUCCUUGGACGCAGGCCCAUUUCUGGUGGCGCAGCUUGCUCCCCACGUGGUCGGAUUGGCAGAUUAAAUGUCUAUCUCAAGAGCUCAAAUUUCGCCACAAUGCUCCCAAAAUCCGAACUUCGCUGCUGGUCCUGAGCUUUACCAAGACGCCGAUGUUUAAGGGGGAAACCAAUCAAUCCCAUUUCUUCAUGCCCUUGUUGCAUGCGGACACAGUGGUGGAUGCGAUUGUCGACACUCUGGUCAGUGGGUUGAGCCGGACCAUCUUCUUACCUGGGAUCUUUCGGCUCUUUGCUGGAUUUCGAGGUGCACCGGAAUGGCUCCAGAGUUUCAUCCUGGAUCGCUCACAAUCGUUGGCGGUGGACUUCAAAGGCCGGCAGAAGAUCGAUCCGGUCGCGGGGAAGCUUGUCUAGGGUCGAUGAUAUCAUUUCCAGGGAGUAGCGGGUGUGGAUUGGAGAUUCUGUAGCUAUGAUGUAUUGUGUUGAGUUGUACUCCGCAGACGGGGCCAAUUCCGG